AUGCAACUUCGCAACAGCAUUCGCCCACCAGAGCGCUUCAAUCAAGACCAGUUCUACAGCCCAUGUACACAAAGAUCUUUACGUGUGCCACAAACCCAAGACUGCAUUCAUAGCACUCCCUUUGAUUCCAACCUACCUCCGGCAGCGUUUCCUACGCUAGAUCAUCCGUCUCCCCCCAGCCUACGCGAUAAAGAAAACGGACGCUGGAAAGGGCAGGAGGCAGAUCUCUCCAAGCGCUCCAGAGAGCAGGAGAAAGAUGACGAAAAUACCGAGAACAAGCGUGUGCGUGGAGCAGCUACAGUCGUACAGACCAGACCUCCAGCAUCAAGCCAAAAUUGUUUCUUAAGCAACGGGGACUUUAACCCGGUCUACAGGAGAAAUAUGACUAUUCUUGCUAAUGUUGGUCGGGAGUCGUCGAUCGAGAGAUAUCUAAUGGACAGCGACAUGGAUGAAGCCAUGACGGAUGCCCCUGACGAGGAGAAUAUAGAGACUCCUUCAGCGGCACCCCCAGUCCGUCUUUGUAAAUGGAGCGACCUUUCCCCACGAAUUCAAGUCGAGAUCAUUGACAAUAUGCUCCAAGAAUUUGACUGGCCAACCAUAUGCCAUUUACUGGGGCUGACGGUAGAGGAGCGUGAGGAGACCCAACAGAAUAUUCGCCAACGAAAUCGGCAAGCUAAGCAGGAAGAUAUACAGUUGGAAGAUAUGAGAGAAAGGCAACUGAGGGCACUCCUGCGAGUCGACAAUACCAAAAGUGGACAUAACCGCGUUCCACACCAAGGUAUCUUCAGCAGGAUAUCUCGUCAAGUUUCCGGGAACUUACAGAAUCAGAUCGACUCGGACAGUUCAAUAUGCCAGGCAAGUGAGCUGCUAGAUGCCAAAUGGUUUCUGCGCACGCGUGGACUCGACUGCAAGUAUAUAGGAGAAUGGGGUAAUGGUACGUCUGCUUGGCAGGCACUUGAAGACCAUGACAUUGAGCCGUGUCUCGAUGGUGACCAGAGGACCCAGCAGCGCCUUGUGGAUAGUGCAGAAUUUGAUGCAGGUCUCUCAGCACAAGGGGAUCAAAAUGUUACUGUGCCUGACCCGGAUGAUAAUUGCACGAUACAGGCGUAUGAAAUGGCCAAAUACUGCCCUAACUCUGAAAGGAACAAGUAUCUACACAAAUUCCGUUUCAACAAGCCCAGGCAAUGCAACAAAGAUUCUCAACCCAGACACAAGGUAGUGUAUUAUGACCCCCGGGGGAGUGAGCCCUGUCGCCUGAGCAUUGGCGCGGAAAAAGCUGCUCAUGUUUGCGAUACGAGAUGGAGAAUGCCCAAGCUGGUAUCAAGACCCUGGGAGAUGCCUCUGACGAGUCUCUCCAUCAAUGGGCCACGGCCAAUUCUUGGAACAUUUUAUAAUACCCACAGCAACAAACUCGACGCAAGAAGGCCCCAGAAUGCAGCCUUUGUUCCUGCGACCGGGCUUCCUUAUGGAAACAUGACUGACAGGCGUGCAGCCCAAACCGCCUUUUCAUCGAGGCCUGACCCACGACACGAAAGUUCAGCAUCAGAAGUACGCAAAGAAAAUCUAACCAGGUCAAGCAGUGGCAGCACGUACGCUACCUUAUCUGAAACAGGAAAAGCUUCAAGCCCCGUUAUCUGGACCCCCAAAGCCACCCCAAAUACAGCAGUAUCGACCACAAGUCCAGACUGUCUUCCCGCAGACGAGAACAAACAAUCACCGCAUGUAACCAGUGCACCACAGUUCCCACCGGAAGCAAGGAAGGUCCUCAGAGAAUCAGCCGAACAGAAUUCUGGUCACGAAGUGCUAAUUGAAGGCCCGAGGCCGGGAAGCCCCCUGAAACGUCCAGUUGAAUCAUUAGUCUCCAAAGAGAACAAAGUGUAUGCAUCUAAGAUGCUGAGCGACGGAGAUGACAGCAGUGAGGAUAGCCAUGACAACGACUAUGAUGAGGUGGUACUUCUACCUGUAUAG